UUUGCAUCCAAAUGGAACAGAGACUGGUAUAUCUGUUGACCAACAGAGACUGGCUGUUACCCUAGUCCUGAGGCUCCUAUGGUCUGGGACUAUGUGGUGCAUGAGAAAGAUAGGUCCCCUACUUUAUCAUUACUGUAUUAGGAACCUGGGAGGCCUGUGGCAUCUUUCCUGCAUUUGGUUAAGCCUUGGGAACCCUGACUUGGGUCUGGGUGGAGGUUGGCCCCCGCAGGAGAGAAGAUGGGGGAGGGUUCUGGCCUCCCUUUAUAUGGUGUUGCACUUCUUGAGUCACUGACAGUGAGCACACUCCCCCUACAGUCAUCAGUGACUCAGACCAGCUGGGAUUCAUGUGGAAACAGGAUGUGUGUGCCCUGGCAGGGGAGGGGCAACUGGGAGGAAGGAUCUCUGUGCUCAUAGAAUUCCAUCACCCAAGCGCUUCUAGUAUGAACACAGGUAGACAGAGUGUAUACAGACCAGGUCCUACUGACUCCUGAAGUUAGGGUCCUGGUCCAAUCAGGAAAUGUCUGCCCUACCCCAAUCUGCUUAGGGUCUAAGAAAACCUGGGCCCUCAGUGGAAGGUUUCCCUCAGAAAGGGGCCAAUCCGGGCCCAAAGAGAAGACUCCUCCAGCCCCAGGGUAGGGGCAGGACUUCUUAUGGUCACGCCCACUGGCGGGAGGUGGUAGCAGACGGGCCCAAGGACCCAGACCUGUCGAUCUGCCCAGCCCAAGCUAGCAGCUGCCAUCCAUGGGGAACAGCCACUGCGUCCCUCAGACCCCCAGGAGGCUACGGGCCUCCUUUUCCAGAAAGCCCUCGCUCAAGGGAAACAGAGAGGACAGCGCCAGGAAGCUGGCUGGCCUGUUUGGCACCGAGGCUAGGCCUGAUGGGGACACCGCGGCUAACAAGAUCUUCCACUACAUCCCUGGGACGAACCAGGACAUCCCAGGCCCGGAAAAUCAGCCAGAAAAUCUGGAACAGCCAUUUCUGAGUGUAUUCAAAAAGGGGUGGCGGAGGACACCUGUGAGGAACCUAGGAAAGGUUGUGCACUAUUCCAAGGUCCAGCUGCGGUUCCAGAACAGCCAGGACAUCAGUGACUGCUACCUAGAGCUGUUCCCCUCCCACCUGUACUUCCAAGCCCAUGGUUCUGAAGGACUUACAUUCCAAGGGCUGCUACCACUGACAGAAUUGAGCAUCUGCACGAUUGAUGGGUCCAGAGAGCAUGCCUUUCAGAUUACAGGCCCACUGCCUGCCCCGCUCCUUGUUCUCUGCCACAGUGAAGCUGAGCUCAGUCACUGGAUUUACCACCUGGAGAAGCAAAUGGCUCUCUUGGGGGGUCUGCAACGCUGCCACUCAGCACCCCCACAGGGUCCCCUGGGGAAUGAACUCCCCUGGACACGGCUAUGGAGAGCAUCCAGGUGUGAAUCCAUGGGCAAUGCAAUCUGUGCCUCAAGGGUCAAGCUGCAGCAUCUGCCCUCUCAGGAGCAGUGGGACCGGAUUCUGGUACUAUACCCAGCAUCCCUGGCCAUCUUCUCUGAGGAGCCAGAUGGGCUUAGCUUUAAGGGGGAGCUUCCACUAAGUGCCAUUCACAUCAACCUAGAAGAGAAGGAAAAGGAGAUCCGCUCUUUUCUCAUCGAAGGCUGCCUCAUCAACACCAUCCGUGUGGUAUGUGCCAGUUAUGAGGAUUACAGUCAAUGGCUGCUGUGCCUCCGGACUGUCUCUCAUAGGGAUGGGGCCCACCUGCUGCCUGGCCCAGAGAAUUUCCCAGGACUACAUGGACCCACACAGGUUGUGGGUAGAGGCCGAGGCUCACUCUCUUCCAAUGGACGAACCAGCUGGAAAUUAGAGUGUCCAGUGCUCCCCACCAGCCAAUCCCUCCCUGAAUCCUCAGUGCCAACCACUAUAGGCUUCCUUGCCCAGCCUGUACCUAACCAGACCAACUCUAACUGUGCCAGCACUGUCCAAAAGAAGAUAGAGCUGAGGCACGGUGGCAGUAGCCAGUCUCCCAGGGGCAAAGCUCGAAGGGAAGUAUCUGGCUCAGCUGUCCCAUUGCCCCUGCACCUGGACCUGACCAAGAUAAGUGCAAUGGACCUAGACAGUGGUCCAGAGGCUCAGGACCACUCUUUGGAUAUUCCACACUCUCCACUCUAUGCUGAUCCCUACACACCACCAGCUACAUCCCACCGCAAGAUUACAGACCUCCAAGGCCUAGAUGAGCAGUUCCUCUGUGCGAUGCAGACAUCACCUGGACCUGAGCUAUCAAGCCCGUUCCCUUCAGUCUCCGUGUCUGUGCCUGUCUCUGACUCCAGCUCCCCUAUGCCUCUGGGCUCCCACUUGCUAUCCAAGAAAGGUGCCCUGCAGUCCAGAGCUUCCCAGAGACACCGGGGUUCCAUCAAGAACAGAGGGCCACGGCCUUCAGACUUCCCUCAGCUUGUCACCCCUACCAGAGAAAGUACACCCAGUUCCCUGCCACCUCCCCCAGAUGAGGAGGCUCCUAUCUGGAACAAGACUUCCUCUCCCUCCCACCAGAAGUGGACACAGCUCAGGAAGACUCCAGUGGAUAUGGGACUCAUCCAGUGGAUCUAAUGGGCCCCAGGUGGGCUGCUUCUCAGAAACACAACCAACCAGUAUCAACCUGGAUAAGAGUAUGCAGCCAUACCAGCCCUGUGACCUACAUUAAAUCCACCAGGGCUAACUAAUCCCAGCCAGUUAAGGGUGUGUAGAACUCUGAGGAUAGAAGCACCUCUCACCAGGCUCUAGCUCCUCAGCUUUAGCAACUAGAGCAACUAAGAGGAGGUGACUCUUCCUAGGAACAAACCAGUGAGGUAAAUCAGUGAGAUCCUGGAUAUCCCCAGGGGUUAUACCUCUAGGGAAGAAAGAAUGAAAGUGCUAGAGCAGGUAUUUACUUAGAAGUGGGGAACAGCAUGAAUGUGAAAUACAAAGCACUGAAAAAAAGUCAGGUCAUCAAACUCAGCAUGUGAAGACAGAGGACAUGAGGUCAGAGGUCAGUAGGUUGAGAACUAUCACAAGAAACAGGAGUAUGGGAAGAUCCAGUACUGUUAGGUGCAUAGGGUAAGGCUGGUCAGAAAGACUAACACCAUAAACAAGAAAGAGAUUUUA